AUGAAGGAAGUCCCGUAUCAGAGUGCAGUUGGAGCUCUACUGUACUUCUCGACCACAACGAGGACUGAUAUUGCUUAUGCUGUGAGCAAAGUAGCACGGUUUAAUCAGAAUCCAGGGGUCCAACACUGGAUUGCUGUCAAACGCAUCAUCCGCUACCUUGCCGAAACCAGGGAUUAUGGCCUAAUUUUCUCCCCAAUUAAAGAAGAAGGAGUGCAUGGAUUCACUGAUGCUGACUAUGGUGGAGAUCCUGAUGACAGGAAGUCAACAUCAGGAUGUAUCUUUCUCCUUCAAGGUGGAUAUAUUUCAUGGUUCAGUCGCAAGCAGGAAUGCACAGCUACAUCUACCACAGAGGCGGAAUUUGUGGCCGGGAGCAAAGCUGCCAAAGAAGGAACAUGGAUGAAGUCACUGCUGGAGGAAAUUGGGCAAAGAAAAUCGGGUUCUAUCCCAUUAUUCUGUGACAAUCAAGGGACAAUUCAAAUUGGCCUACAACCAGAAAAUGCACCGGAAGAUGAAACAUAUCGCCAUCUGAUACUGCUACAUCAGAGAAGCCCAGAUCAGUGGAGUGAUAAACAGCAGAUACGUGAGCUCCCAGGAACAACUAGCAAAUACCUUCACGAAGCCUCUGGCUGCUCCAAGAUUCAAGUAUCUUCGUGA